AUGGGGUUUCUGCUCCCCGUCUCCCUCCUGGUUUUGCUGGCGGUGGCCUACCCGGGAGGCAGGAGCGCGCGGAAGGGCUGGGCCGCGCGGGCGCAAAGCCCCGGAGGCAGCUCCCCCGCGCCCUCCGCGCCCCCCGGGACCACAGCAGCGGCGUUCUGGAUGCGCAUAAGCCCCAAGUUCCUAGCCGUGCCGCCGGGGAGCUCGGUGUGGCUCAACUGCAGCAGCAGCUGCCCCAUCCUGGAGGGCUCCGCCCUCCACACGGGGCUGCGGCGGGGCCAGAAGCUCAGCGGGCCCAGCUGGGUCUCCUUCCAGCUGCUGGACGUCAGGGCCUGGAGCUCCGAGGUGCGCUGCUCCCUCACCUGCGCCGGAGUCACGCGGUGGGCCGCGGCCAGGAUCGACGCCUACAAACGACCUCACCGCGUGGUCCUGGAGCCCCCGGCCUUGGAGGGCAGCGAGUUCGUCCUGCGCUGCCACGUGACGCACGUGUUCCCCGUGGGCUCCCUGGUGGUCACCCUGCAGCGUGGCGGCCGGGUCAUCUACUCCGAGAGCCUGGAACGCUUCACGGGCCUGGACCUGGCCAACGUGACGCUGACUUACGAGUUCCAGGCCAGGCCCCAGGACCUCUGGAAGCCCGUGACCUGCCACGCGCGCCUCCGGCUCGACGGCCUGGUGGUCGGCAGCAGCUCAGCACCCGUGAGGCUGACAUUCUUGGCGUGGAGCCCCGCGUCCAGAGCCGUGGCUUCCGCUUCCAUCGCAGCCUUCGUGGGGAUUCUUCUCGUCCUGGGGGCCGUCUACCUGCGGAAGUACCUACAGAUGCAGUCCCUGGCCUAG